AUGUCAGGUCCAGUUACAUGUGUGACACUGAACGAUGCUGAAGUUGUACGAGAGGCUUUGAUAAAGAAAGAUGUCGAAUUCGCUGGAAGAGUCAAAAUGCACUCAGUUGAGCGUUUAACUGAUGGUUAUAAAGACAUUGUAUUUGCUGAUUUGAAUGCCGAAUGGAAAGUUUUAAGAAAAGUCGCACUUCAAGGAAUGAGAUACUUUGCCAGUGGUGAAAAACUUGGGGAAAAACUCUAUGAUGCUGGAUCUCAAAUGAUUAAAAUAAUCAGAGAAAAAGAAGGAGAAAAAUUGGACAUGGAGAAAUACAUCAGUCUUCUUAUAUUCAAUUUUUUACAUGGAAUCUGCUUUCAUAAACGUUUUGAUGUGGAUGAUAAAGAAUUCUUGUACAUGUUGGAAAUGUUAAAUGUUGUAAAUGAAGAAUUUGGAAAUGGUCUUUGGGAAGACGUUAUACCGCUUCUUCGAUAUUGGCCCACAAAAAGGUUUCGAAGAAUAGUACAUGCAUUAGACUAUUUUAACAAAUUCAUCAAAAAAGAGUACGAAGAUCACAAGAAAACAUUUUCUAAAGACGACAUAAAAGAUUUUACAGAUUUUCUGAUCAAUGCUAGAAAUGAAGCAAUAGCUGAAGACCCAGCUGUAGAACAGAUGAUAACAGACAUUCAUGUUGCUCAGGUCAUUAGUGACAUCUUUUCAGCCGGUGUUGAUACCACAAGACAGACUUUAACUUGGGCCAUCUUUUUACUGGUUCAACAUCCUGAAAUCCAGAAAAAGGCACAAGAAGAAAUCGAUCAAGUUCUAGACAAAGACCAACAACCUUCUAUAUCAGAUAAAGAAAGAUUACCCUAUACUGAAGCUGUUUUACAUGAAAGUAUGAGAUUUAUGCCAGUCGUACCAUUGGGUGUUCCUCAUUCUACAUUAUGUGACACAACACUAGGUGAAUAUGAAAUUCCAAAAGGUACAAUGGUAAUGGUAAAUCAUUAUGCUUUACACAUGGACAAAGAUGUUUGGGGUGAUCCUGAGGUAUUUAGACCAGAAAGACUACUAGAUGAAGAUGGUUCAUUGGCUCCUAAACCCAUGUCCUGGUUACCUUUCUCUUGUGGACGUAGAAAUUGUCUGGGUGAAACAAUCGCCCGACCAGAAAUGUUGCUAGUAUUGGCGAUGUUAUUGAGAAAUUUCUCAUUUAGUUGUGCAGAGGGUAACACAUUGAAUAUGACUCCUAUAGGGUUUGGAACUAUGAAGCCGCCCAAAAAUGAAACUAUUGCUACUAUUCGUAAAUAG